AUGGAUGUGGAUUUGGUUUGUCCGCUUUGUGGAAUCGAAGAGGAAACAAUCGAGCAUUUGUGGCUCUGCUGCCCGGCCAGCCGCAGCGUGUUUUUUGCCAUCCCGUUAGCGCUGCGGCUUGAGCGGUUUGUGUCCCUACCAGAAUUCCUUCAUCAUUUCUUGGUUGUUGCAAGUGCAGACGCCAUAGUUGAGUGGCAGACAGCUGCAUAUGUUCUGUGGGAGGCCCGAAACAAGCUUGUCUUUGAGGGUCGGCCCUUCUCUUGCGAUGCGGUGGUGCGGCGCACGCUCCAGCUGUUGCAACGUCCAUCAUCUGCUCAAGCUUCCCGCCGACCGGGUAUAGUAUUGGAGGCCGUUUGGCGAAGGCCAGAGGAGGGGAUGAUAAAAGUAAAUGUUGAUGCCUCCUUCAAGUCAGCUACAGAUUCUGGUUCAGGCAUGAUAGCGCGGGACUCCGAGGGCCAAGUUUUGGCAGCAGCAGCAAGCUAUCCGGUGGUGGCUUCCUCGCCGGUGUUGGCUGAGGCUUGGGCUCUUAGGUGGGCUAUUAUCUUGGCUUUGGAGCUUGGUUUUCGCCGGGUAUGUUUUGAAACGGAUUGUCUGCAAUUGUUUCAACGGUGGCAGAAGCCUCCGGAUGGCGUUUCUUAUCUUAUGUCUAUUCUUAGGGAGUGUUUAUCCUUUCGUCGUAUUUUUGAUGUAAUGACUUUAUCCUUUGUUCGUCGUUCUGGCAACUUAGUUGCGGAUUUGCUUUCUAGGAGGGCCUCUACUUAUGCCGGUUUGGUUUGGGUAGAGGAAGUACCGUCCGAAGCUUUACCUUUUGUUUCUGCGGAUUAUUUGGCGUCUAUGCCAGUCCAAAUUUAA